AUGGGCUGUCCGGGAGGUGUCCACGAUCGCCAAGUCGGUACCAUUGACCCAAAGGCCCUGGGACCACGGGCCAGCGCGGAGUACGCAGCCUCAUCAAUUGCUAGAGGUGGAACCCUCGGCCGAACUGCGGGCAUCUAUCGGUCCGGUGUCUACGGUCAUCAGUCCAUAAUUACGUCGGCGGCCUGCCAACUGCCAGCAAAUCAAAUUGUGCAUCAGAUGGAUCUGGCCAACCCUUCAGCACGCAGCAACUCACCUUCGGGCAGCGCCUUGGCAGUUGGCAGUGGCACCAACUCGCUGGGCCAUGUUGCACGGCGGACCAACAGUACUUCAGGGGUGCUGCCGGUGCAAGUCCCCGCUCAACGCACUAUCAGUACCUACGCGCCUGGGGUGCAACAAGCUGUACAUUUUCGCCCGUCGAAGCUGCACAGCUCUGUCUUGCAUGUGAAUUUGUUUUUGAUGUAG